AUGCUCCCCCUCCUCCGCCCCAGAUCCUCCUACAGACGUCUCCUCACCAUCCGCCCCCAACUUCAACCUCACAGCGCGCCGAGAGCACAGUCAGCUUCCCAUUCACUCUCUUUGUGCAAACCAAUCUCAACCCCAAUUGCGUCUUCAACCGCGGGCACAAGGGCAGUGCACACCGGACCGCUACCACAAAGUGCUCCAAAGGUGUCCAAUGAGCCAAAAGUCGACCUAGGCAAGUUCUUUGGACCGUCCUUACCAGGCCGCGUCUACAGCUUCUGGUUCCAGCAUGUCGCGAACGACCAGAAUCUGACGCUGCCGACGCCCGAGGUGUACAAGCCGUGGUUUACGCAGGAUGCGGUGUUUGAUUUGGAGUGCGCAACCCAAUUCAAACCUAUCCUCGCAGCCCUCCACCAAUCCCACCAAUCCCACCCAGAACCCCAAAGCCCAAGCGAGACCCAACCCCCGCCGCCAUCCCAAGUCACCUCGCAAGCCUCAGCAAUCCUGUCGCUUGUCAACCCCACAACACCCCAAGACUGGCUCGGGCUCAUCCUCCUCCUCGACCAGCUCCCCCGAAACUGCUACAGAGGCACAGAGGCCGCGCUGGUCUAUACAUUCUUCGACCCCAUUGCGCGAGCCAUUGCCUCUGCGGCGUUAGAAGAGGGAGUCCCAUCAGCACCAGAGAUCCGGUAUAGACUUGCCCUAAGGCAUUGGUUUUAUCUACCGUUCAUGCACUCCGAGGACCUGAGUCACCAGGAACUCGUGUUGAAAAGUUACCGCGAGAUGGAUGCAGAUAUCCGUCAGCUCUUAGAUGAGCAGCCGGCGAAGGGGCUAGGUAAGAGUGAGCUAACUUGUCGCGAGAUACUUGCGAGUAACAGGGAAGCUGUCGAGGCGAAUCUAUCGCUGAAUUUCAAGUUCCAGGAGGAACAUCAUGAUAUCAUUGCGCGGUUUGGGCGGUAUCCAUACCGGAAUGCAGUGCUUGGGCGGACAACGACGCCGGACGAGGAGAAGUUCCUCAAAGAGGCCAAUAUCUCCUUUGCUUGA